UUCAGAGUCAAGAGAUCGGAUGAUAAACCCAGUGAUGUCUGUGAACCCUUUAUUGACACCUUCAGCACAUCAGAGGAUCCCACUGGUUUCCUCACCAUUUGGGCCUCCAGUUGUGGACAGAGAUGUCUUGUCCUCCAAUUUAGCUCCAACUGAUCCAAGCCAGUUUUGUGCUCCCUCCCAAUUUGGAUCCUCUGUUGUCCCGAACGCAAACAUGCCAAACCCGCUGCCGAGCCACUUCUACUCAGGUUGGGGCAUUUUACCACCUGAACCCCUAAAGGCCAUGCACACAAGGAAUGAGAUGAUUGAAGGGCAUCACACUGCCAGGGCAGAAAUAGAAAUGUAUUCUCUUUACCACCAAAGGAGGAUGGAAAGAGUUAAUCCCAAGGGACUCACUGGCCUGGGGAUACCACUCUUUUAUGGGUCUAGUUGCCUGGGUGGCCCUGCAGGCUUCCAAGGCAGGAGCACACUGCCUGCCAGUGAUCUGCAUUUACACAGAAGCACCCCCAGACACCUUCAGGGAAAUCCUGUUCUGCUGACAACUAGACCACACUUUACAGAGUGCUGGGGCCAGAAACACCGACUCAGGAGAGGUCCAGUCUACCAGAAACCUCUAGAGAGCGAUACUGACAGAUUCAAAAGUCAAGCAGAAGAAAAAAGCUCAGGCCCGAUGGUUCCCUAUGAAGAAGAAGAGAAUAUCAAGGAUCCAGAAAUCGAGGUAGACAACAGCCAGAAGUCCAGGGAAAUGGAUGAAAAGCUGACUUCAGGACUCACCAAUCCCUGUGGAGAGCUCCAGCCAAGCCAGACAAAACCCCCUUCCCUAGAGGCCAAGGCUUGGGAUAGUGGGAAGGAAAAGCCCUCUGAACAGGGCUGUGAAGGCUACAAUGAACAGAACGGGGUUGGCCUGCCCAUUUCCAUCCUGCCUCUGUCAGGAACACAUGAACUGGUUGCUCUUAGGGAAAACCGUUCUUCGGCUGAUAUUCAGAAAUGGACUGUAGAUGACGUGCAUAACUUCAUCAGAAGCCUUCCGGGCUGUUCGGACUAUGCCCAGGUAUUUAAGGAUCAUGCGAUUGAUGGAGAAACACUGCCCCUUCUCACCGAGCAGCAUCUUCGAGGCACCAUGGGGCUGAAGCUUGGGCCAGCACUAAAAAUUCAGUCUCAGGUAUCUCAGCAUGUUGGAAAUAUGUUCCGCAAGAAAAUUCCUUCACUUCCCACCCAUGCAAGGCAAGCGUCUGACCAUCCAGCAGACACAGCCCCUCUUUUGGAUAUUAAUUCCUGGAGUGAUGGUUUGAGUAUUCCUUGUUCCCAGGAUAUAAUGAUUCCCAAAAGUACUGAGCAAGAUAGUAUGAGAAAUUAAAAUACUCAAAGACAAAUAAGUCACUCCCAGUUUUCUAGAGUUGCAGAUGUUCCCUGAGAUAUGUGAGAGCUUCCUGGGGCCAGGUGGAAGACAUGGAGAGCGAGACCAUGUUGUUGUCUUGAGAGGAUCUCACCCAGCAAGCUUCCUGCCAUGCUGAAGUGGCCCAAGUACCAAGGUUCUGGAGAACUGUCCUUAGAGAAAAUGCUAAUGGGGAUGAGAAUUCACAAACAUCUUGCAAGCUUCAGUCUGAGGCCUCCGUGAGGAACACUCUGAAGAAGCUGAGAGCAGAAACUGAAAAGGAACUCCUUCUCCUCACUCCUUCUAUCUUCCAACUCUGGUGGAGACACAGGCUCUGAUUUGAGGAGGCAGAAGAGGAAGGCAGAGAGAAGCUGGCCAUAGAUGCCUGCCUUAUCCCAUGACAGGCAGAGUCUAGCCCGGGGUAGGCCUCGUGAGGGUGAAGUUAAGAUUUGUUGGAGGGUGGGGGAAAGUCACCUGUAUGCAGCAGGCUGGAACUAGAGGAAAGUGAUGGUUGAGGUGACUGUCUGCUCCAUGUGGAGUCCCAAUCCUCCACUCAAUAUUUGACAGAAUGACUCCAAAAGGACACAGGAAUAUGACAAAGAGAACUAGCCA